AUUCUUAAGGUAAACAUACAAUAAGAUAUUGGGUUAUACACUACGUGCUAUAAAAAAGUUUCUGAUAUCACAUAUAAUCAUCAAUUCUUCAUCACUCUAAAGCCAAUAAUGCGUGCAAUAAAAAACUAAUAACAUUAUCAUCAAUGAGGAGUGGGUUGUUGGUAAGAGUUUUGACAUAUUUAUAUUGCUUGAUCAUUUACAACCAGUUUCCUCUUUGGCUCUUUUUUAAAAAAUGGCACUUCAAAUUUCUUUUUCACCCUCGAUAAAACAUCAAUACUAUGAUUUCUUAUUGAAGUCAAGCUAUAAUACUAAUAAUAAAAAGAGUGAGAUUAUGAUGAGUUUGAGUAUGAGUGGCCAAAAAAUUUCACUAUUAAGCCUUAGACCAAGAUCACAACCAGCAUUAGUAUUGUGCUCAUCAUCUUGUGGAGGUGGAGAUGGCAUAACAAGUAUGGAUGGCAUGGUGAAAUGCACGGCCAACUAUACACCCUUGACACCAAUCACCUUCCUUCGACGUUCCGCCGAGGUGUUCUCCGAUCAAACAUCCGUCGUAUAUGGCUCCUUACGCUACACUUGGAGUGAGACUCGUGUGCGCUGUCUUAAGCUCGCUUCAGUUCUCAGCAGUCUCCUGGACGUUUCCCCUGGCCAUCUCGUUGCAACACUAGCUCCAAAUGUACCUGCUAUGUACGAGCUGCAUUUUGCAGUACCAAUGGCCGGCGCCAUUCUAUGUGCUCUCAACACUCGCCUCGAUUCGACCAUGCUUUCUACCCUCCUUGCUCAUUCCCAAGCUAAGGUCUUAUUUGUAGACCAUCAAUUACUCAACAUUGCUUCAGAAGCCCUCCAUCUCUUGUCCAAAACUGGAGGAAAACCACCCUUACUUGUCCUCAUUACAGAUUCUGAUGAAAAUUCCUAUACUGAUGAACCUAUAAAUGCUAAGUAUGAUUAUGAAUAUGAGAGUCUGUUAGCCAAUGGGGAUGACCAAUUUGAGCCCAAACUACCCCGCGAUGAAUGGGAUCCAAUUAGUGUAAACUACACCUCUGGCACCACCUCGCGUCCCAAGGGAGUUAUCUACAAUCACCGAGGUGCAUACAUCAACGCGAUCUCCACCUUUUUGCUUCAUGAAAUGAGUUCCAUGCCAACUUACCUUUGGACCGUCCCCAUGUUCCACUGCAACGGGUGGUGUCUUCCUUGGGGUGUGGCAGCUCAAGGGGGCACGAAUAUUUGCCUUCGAAAGGUCACCCCAAAGGCCAUAUUUGACAGCAUUGUAAACCACAAUGUGACUCACAUGGGUGCAGCUCCUACUGUUCUGAACAUGAUUGUGAACUCCCCUGUAGGUGAUCGUAGGACCUUAUCGAACAAGGUGAGGAUUCUUACAGGAGGAUCACCUCCUCCACCUCAGAUAUUGUCCAAGAUGGAAGAGUUAGGCUUUGAAGUUGCUCAUCUGUAUGGACUCACCGAGACUUAUGGCCCAGCCACUUAUAGCGUUUGGAAGCCUGAGUGGGAUUCUUUACCUCCCGGUGAGAAAUCGAAGAUCAAAGCUAGACAAGGUGUACAACACCUUGGGUUGGAGGAGGUGGAUGUCAGAGAUCCCAUCACCAUGGAAAGUGUACCAGUUGAUGGUAAAACAAUGGGGGAGAUCAUGUUCAAAGGAAAUACGGUGAUGAGUGGAUACUUGAAGGAUUCAAAAGCAACAAAGGAAGCUUUUAAAGGAGGGUGGUUUCAUUCAGGUGAUCUUGCAGUUAAACACCCUGACAAUUACAUAGAAAUUAAGGACCGGUUGAAGGAUGUUAUCAUCUCUGGUGGAGAGAAUAUAAGUACAGUGGAGGUCGAGACUGUGCUUUACAGUCACCCAGCUAUUCUAGAGGCUGCUGUUGUAGCAAGGCCAGAUAAUCACUGGGGUGAGACACCAUGCGCAUUUGUCAAGUUGAAAGACGGUUAUGAAGCUAACGAGCAGGAAAUUAUCAAGUUUUGCCGUGAUCAUUUGCCUCAUUACAUGGCUCCUAAGAGCGUCAUCUUUGAGGAAAUCCCAAAGACAGCAACUGGAAAGAUGCAGAAGUUUAUUCUUAGAGAAAGGGCUAAGGCUAUGGGAUGCCUGUCACAAGGAAAAGAGGAAUUUCAGAAAGGUCUUUAGAAUGUGAGUGUAACUAGAAUCUGUUACAUAGUAAUUAGUAUAUAUAUCCUGUGUUGUAGCAGAAUAGAGAACUUACUGAUAUCAGAAUUUCAAAAAUAUAUAAUCCUACAUUCUGAAUCAUUUUCAUGGA